AUGGCUUCGGUCGGAACAAGUGUCGUACUUGGCGGGCUCGACGGCACAAUAGUAUCCACAGCAAUUCCAUCUAUCGUUGACGAUUUCCAUGCCCUAGGCUCCAUAGGCUGGAGAUCAAGGCGCAGUGCUCAUGUUGACUGGACACAGUUCGGAUCCGUCUACUUUCUGACCGGAGCUUCGAAUAUCGUCUGGGGCAAGGUCUAUCGCUAUUACCCUAUCAAGGUCGACUUCCUGGGCGCGAUUGCACUUUUCGAGCUGGGCAGUCUCAUCUGCGCAACCUCGCCGAACGCUACGGCGCUGAUCGUCGGACGGGCCAUCGCAGGCGUCGGUGCUGCGGGACUCCAAGCGGGCGGCAACAUCAUCAUCGGCUUCGCUGCUUCGCCUAAGAGACGCCCAAUCUUCCUAGGUAUGCUGGGCGCUUGCUACACGAUAUCGUCUGCUCUUGGACCAAUCAUAGGUGGCGCUCUGACUUCGAAGACGACCUGGCGUUGGUGUUUCUGGAUCAAUCUACCCAUUGGUGGUCUUGCAUUUGCAGCCGUGUUUCUUGGCUAUCGCACUCCUGAGAAAUCUCGAUCCUCGAUACCAGCGUCAGAGAAGCUGAGGCACCUGAAUCCAUUGACCUAUGUACUUUGGUGUGCGGCACUUAUAUGCUACCUGCUAGCACUACAAUAUGGUGGGCAGACCAAGAGCUGGAGUGACCCAACAGUCAUCGGCGUCUUGGUUGGCUUCGUCUUACUUCUCGGGGCUGGCGUAGCCUGGGACCAAUGGUGUGGCGACAACGCCUUGCUCCAACGACGCCUUUUGAGGAUUCGAGCUAUAGCUGCUGCUGCUCCAUUCGUCUUCUUUCUCACAGGCAAUUACUCGAUCAUGAUCUACUUCAUACCACUAUAUUUUCAGAGCGUUACGGGAGCCUCUGCGAUUAACAGUGGUAUCCGGACGCUUGCUCUUGUGCUUCCUUUAUCCAUAUUUGCACUUGUCGCUGGUGGUAUUAUCAAGAAGACAGGAUACUACAAGCCACUUCUCAUGUUAGGUUCUGGCAUGACCGCCCUCGCAGCAGGCCUGAUCUACACAUGGGAUGUGCACACGUCGAUAGGCUGCUGGAUCGGUUACCAAAUUCUCCUCGGGGCAGGCAUGGGUCUGUCCGGCCAAGGAUCUAUCAUUGCGGCGCAAGCUGCCGUGCACUACAGCGAUAUUGCGACAGCGACUGCCACAGUGCUGUUCUUCCAAACUAUCAGCGGCGCCUUCUUUAUCUCGGCAGCGAACAGCGUCUUCGCAAACCAGCUCAAAAGAGCGAUUGCAAGUCGCGCCCCAGGUGUGGAUUCCAGCAUCCUCUUCGGCGAAGGAGGUGCGGCGAAUCUUGGCGAGCUGUUCUCUAAUCAAGAUCUGGACAACGUACUUGCUGCAUAUCUGCAAGCACUACGUAGCGCGUAUGCUCUGGCCCUUGCAUCUGGCGGAUUGGCAUUUCUGUUCAGCUUCGCCGCCGAGUGGAAGAAAGUCAACAUGGAUGCGAUUGGAAAAGAUGGUGAUGACGCGAAGGCUGUCGAGACUGUAGCGACAGAUGACGAACGUGUUGACAAGGAUGGCUAG